AUGGGUGUCUCCACAUUCACCAUCAUCGACGAAACGAGAGCUAUUGCACCAGCACGUCUGUUUAAGGCCCUGUGCAUUGGCAACCACAAUCUUUUCUCCAAAGUGGUACCACAUAUCAUUAAAAGCAUACACGUUGAAGGAGAUGUCUAUGUUGUUGGAAGAAUCAAACAGUUUAAUUUUGCGGAAGUUCAUGGAAAUUACAAGUUGCCUAAACAUGCUGAUAACAAUGACUUGUUGAAGGCUCUCUGUGAAGAAGUCGCAUGGCACGUUGAGGAGGAUGGUACAGUCUGUAGGAUGGUUGCUGUAGUAGAGAACUUAGGGUUGAAAAGUGAGCUUAGGACUCAAAUCUCAAGUGGUGGUGAUGUUGCAGUUUCUGAAGAUCAAUCUAAUUUGUGUAACAAAAAUGAUGGAUGCUUUCAAGAUUCUUUCAUCACCUCCUAUUAG